UGAAGUAGGAAAGACGUUUAGUAUUCGACAGAGACAGUUUGACGAGAAAUUAAGAACAACAGUUUUGCACUUUUAAAUUGGGAUAUGGGAUAUUGCUUAUCCCCCUCCAUUUUCUCCUAAAAAAAACCCACCUUAAACGCGCAAAUAACAUUGAAACUUUGAAAACAAUUAGAAUAUCUACUUACCACAAUACCUGACCCGAAAGCUGCUUCAUUGUCAAUAUAUUGAACAGGGUUAUAGAUAUAGGAAGAUGCAAUGAAUGUGAGUGCCAAUGAGACAACUCCCCAUCCAAAUAACAAUUUUAAAAAAGUAAACUAUUAUAGGUUAAUGUACGGCCUUCAACAUUUAUACAUUAAAAGGUAAUGCAUAGUGUUGUCUGUUAUAAGGGCAAUUUUCAAAACAAGUGUGAAUUUCAGACCUAAAAAAAUAUAUUAAAAAUCAACUUGUCGAAAUUUUUAUUUCUAGAGUUAAUUUGAAUACCUCUAUUGUAGACCUGUUUGUAAAUAAAAAGUGCAAUCUUAAAUACUCUUCAAAAAUGAUAUCAUUUUCAUAAUGUAUGUACUGUUUCGCAGGGGACAUUUGUCCACUACGAAACUGCUUUUAAACGCACAUGUUAUUGCAUUUUAAUGUCUCCUAUAGACAUUCUAAUUUGUUUUACUUUAUAAACUAGAAAGAUCUAAUUUUUUUUCUGAAUGUAAGAACCAUUUUUUUAUCGAUAAAAAUAUUAGACAGUACUUUACAUAUGAACGUACAACUUAUGUUACGUAGUGGACAUUUUCAUGAGUGUCGAGUGGACUAAACCGCUUGGAUCGUAGUGGACAAAAAGUUUCAUAGUUGACAUCAACUCUAUACUAUGUUGAUAACAUACUGAAAGUUACAUGAAACGAACUCUUGCUAUUUGUUUUGCACGAAUAGAAUUGAAAAAAAUAAAAAUCUCCAAUAUUUGUUUCGUAGGUGACCGUUUUGAAGUGGACAUAUUUACAUGUUUACAAUCUCCAUAUUGCAAUAGUAACAAGAAUGAUUAUAUUUAUCAAAACACGUAUCAAGCUGUACACUGAUUUUGUUUCAUAAUUUUAAAACCAGAUACUGAAGGAGAUUUGAACCCGUUUCGUCGUGGACAUUAACAAAAAUACGGUAUCACUCUGGUCCAUUUGAUGUGCUCUUUUUUGUCAACAAUUUAAGUGCCGUUAUUAAAACAUCAUUUCUUUUGUAAGACCUUUAUGUUUAUAUCUUGCAAACAUUGAGCAUAAAUGUUGAAUAGGGCGUCUAGGGAUCGGGCUGUCAGGAAUCCAUAGCUUAUUAGUCCCUUUAAAAAUAGUAUAUUUCUUUGCUUAAAAAAUGUUAAAUCUAAUUCCAUGUACUGACUGCACAAAAAAAUACUUGUAAAGAUCAAAAGAUUAAAGUGGCUGUGACAAGAAAUCACAGUUUUGUAAAAAAAAAUAAAAGUGCUAUUUUUAAUUAAUUAAAAAAUAUAUAAUUGGCGACUAGAGAUAAAAGAAAUAGACUUUAUACUGUUCGAAUUAUUUCGGUUCUUUACAUACAGCUAAUGAUACAACUUGUUAUGAAUUUUAUAACAUAGCAAUGCAUUCUGAUUGGUUCCUUUAUAUACUUGUGAUUUAAAGAAUUUUAAGUUUUUCAUUCUGCCGUCGAUAGCCGAAAACUAACCCUCCCAUUAUUUAUUAAUUAAGAAUAAAGGUGAAGGUUGCAGAAUGUUUAAGAGGGACCUGAAACGGGCUUAUAGACAAUUAGUCGUUGACCCCGGUGACAUCCAUCUCUUAGGUUACAAAUGGAGAGGACACUUGUAUUACGAUCGUGUAUUAACAAUGGGGUUGAGAUCUGCUGCAUAUAUAUGUAUGCGAACAACAAAUGCUAUUGCAUUUAUAUGUCAAAACAUGGGUAUAGAUAUUUUGAACUAUUUAGAUGAUUUGGCUGUGAUAUUCCUUCCAGCAGUGAUGAUGCUUAUGCUAAAUUGGGUCUUAUUUUACAGAAUUGUGGCAUUGAAGAAUCAAUUGAGAAGGCUUGUCCGCCUACUACUAAAAUGAUGUUUAUUGGCAUUUUAUUUGAUUCUGAGAACAUGACAAUUUCUAUUGAUACUCAAAGAUUGUCAGAGAUUCUGCAGUUAGUUUCUAAUUGGCUCUGUAGCACAAAUUGUACAAAGAGAGAAUUACAAUCAUUGCUGGGAAAAUUAAAUUUUGUAUCUCAAUGUGUGCGCUCUGGCCGAAUUUUUGUGUCAAGGCUGUUAAAUUGGUUAAGAGAUUUUCCCGAUAAUGGGAAAAUAGUAAUUCCAACUGAUUUUAAACGUGAUUUAUUCUGGUGGCAGGAAUUUUUGCCUAGUUAUAAUGGGAUUUCUAUGAUUUUAUCUGAUGAAUUCUCAAACCCUGAUCAAUUGUUUUCUGUUGAUGCAUGUUUGACAGGAUGUGGCGGAUGGAUGGAUGGAAGAUACUUUCACUGUUCAUUUCCAGAGUUUAUUUUAGAUCAAAACUUGCAUAUAAAUUUAUUAGAGAUGUUGACGAUUGUAGUAGCCUUGAAAUUAUGGGGAAAACAUUUCACAAAUUUAAAGGUGAUUAUUUAUUGCGAUAAUAUGGUAUCAGUACGUGUUUUGAAUACAGGCGCCACCAGAAAUGAGUUCCUGCAGUCGUGUUUGAGGGAAGUUUGUUGGAUUGCAGCUGUAAAUAAUUUUGAGUUAAAAGCUAAACAUAUUUCAGGUUGCGAUAACCGUUUACCAGAUCUUUUGUCUAGAUGGAAUUUAGAUUAUAAAUUUCAGUUAGACUUUUACGAGAGGACAAAAGGCAUGUCCCUAUUUAGAGAUUUGAUUUCUAAAGAAUUGUUUCAGUUUGAACAUAUUUGGUAAUUGUUUAUUCGUGUUUUUGUAGAUUUGCAAGUGCUAAGACGAGAUAUGUUUGUGACUAGGAUUUCGGCUUUCGCGAAAGGUACUUUGGUUAAUUUUAAAACGCAGUGGAGAGCUUAUUUAUUGUUUUGUAAUUACUUUCAUUUAGAACCGUUUGAUAUUGAUUCUGAAUUAUUAUGCACUUAUUCCGAGUUUCUCAGUAGAAGUUUCAGAUCAGCUCAAUCUAUUCGCAAUUAUUUAAACGGAGUUAAAGUUCUUUUCCUGUUGUUAGGAUUACAUGUGGAUGUUUUUUCGUCUUACGAAUUGAAGUUGACUAUGAAAGGGUUAGAUAGGAAAUUAAAACAUUUACCUAAACAGGCAUUUCCUAUUACUUUAGAAAUUUUAGGAAAAAUUCGUGAACAUUUGAAUUUGAAUACGCCGCUAGAUGCGACAUAUUGGUGUUUAUUUCUUUUUGCUUUAUUACUUUUAAGCAGGAAGUCUAAUUUAGUUCCAGUAUCAACCAAGAAAUUUGACAAAAAUAAACAGCUGUGCAGAGGUGAUGUUACAGUCUUUCCGUCUCUUAUAAUAGUUGCAUUCAAAUGGACAAAAACAAUUCAGUUGGAUUUUAGGUCUACUCUGGUGUGCGAUUCCAUAGCCAAGCAUGUUAAAACAGUUAGAAGGUGUCACUUGCAAGCCUUUCCUGGAGCAAAUAUUUGGGAUAUGAUCAAUUUGCUUAAUUGUGGAACAAUUCAGGUAAAUUAUGAUAUAAUUCUGAUUCAUGUAGGAACCAACAAUGUUGGUACCUAUGAGAUUGCUGAUUUUGAUAUAGGCUAUAAUGUGCUUAUCUCUACAAUUGAGAAAUUAGUUAAGCCACAUACUGUCAUAGUUAUGUCAGCAAUUAUCCCACGCUUACUUGAUUUUCAGAAUACAAGUUAUUUUGUCACUACUAUUAAUUCUAGAUUAAGAAGUUUAUGCUUUAAACGUGGUGUUCAGUUUGUAGCUACUUAUAAACCUUUUUUAAAGUUUGGGAUGCCAGUUUGUGAACUUUAUUCACCCAUCUGUAAGUUACAUUUGAAUUAUUUUGGUAAUUUAAAAUUGACAAAUUUUUUUGUUCAAGUAUUGUCUCAUUGUUAAACAAGAGGAUGUUAAGUCUCAUCUUGUUACUGUUAAACAGAAGGAGCAAUCUUAUUCUGUGCCUUUUUUUUUUUAUCUAAUUGUGCUUACAGUAGUGGGUGAUUGUAUAUAUCCUUAAGGGAACAUUUUGUUUUCUGGCCAAUCUUGUCAGAAAGAUCUGAUCAUUCAUGUCAGUGGUAUUGUUUGAUAUCUGACCAAUCAUGUCGGUAUUAUUAUAUGUAUUUGUUAGAAAUAUCUGACCAAUCAUGUCAGUAAUAUUUUUUUUGAUUUCUGACCAUUCAUGUCAGUGAUAUUUUGUGAUUUCUGACCAUUCAUGUCAGUAUUUUCAUUAUUUUUGCUUGUAACUUAAAUAGCUUUUAAAUUUUGUUUAAUAUCAAUCAAUGUGCUGUAGUUACUGUUUGGCCGUUGGGGUUUUGGUGCUGAACAUUGAUUGGAUUAACUUUAACGUCUAUUAUUGUUUUUUCAUAUGAAAUUGUAAUAAUUUGCCAAAAUUAAAUGUUUUAUUUUAAUUCGUUUUAAUUCCUACUGAGCAUUUAUUUAGUAUUGCUUUGCAUCCAGUCGUCUCCUAUCUUUAAUAUAUCUGCGUCUAUUUACUUCGAAAGAGCAAAUUGUGCUAUUUUUAAUUAAUUAAAAAUAUAUAAUUGGCGACUAGAGAUAAAAGAAAUAGACUUUAUACUGUUCGAAUUAUUUCGGUUCUUUACAUACAGCUAAUGAUACAACUUGUUAUGAAUUUUAUAACAUAACAAUGCAUUCUGAUUGGUUCCUUUAUAUACUUGUGAUUUAAAGAAUUUUAAGUUUUUCAUUCUGCCGUCGAUAGCCGAAAACUAACCCUCCCAUUAUUUAUCCCACCCAAUAUUUAUUUAUCCCACCCAAUAUUUAUAAUCAGUAGUUUCAGUCUCAUUUUCUGUGAAAGUUUUAUUUUUCAGUGUAUGUUCCUUGACGGUGUUACUGUGGAUAUACGAAUUUACAAUAUAAUCGACUGAUUAAAGGACAAUAAAGGAGCAAUAGAGUUUAUAACCGAUAAUUUGGAUACGGAUUAAUUCACAAUGGUGUAGAUGUCAGAUUUCUCGUUGCCUGCAGAAUACAGAUGUGUGCUGAACUAAAUGUGCUGAACAUUGAUUGGAUUAACUUUAACGUCUAUUAUUGUUUUUUCAUAUGAAAUUGUAAUAAUUUGCCAAAAUUAAAUGUUUUAUUUUAA